AUGAUCAGUGAUUCAUAUAAUAUCAAUUCAACAAUUGAUACCAAUUUAAAACAUGAGAUUGAUCAUGACCUUGAUCAUGAUCAUAGUAAUGGUGAUAUAAAGAAGAGUAGAGCAUCUACAGGUAAAAGGAAAUAUCAUCAAAAAUCAAGAAAUGGUUGUUCAACUUGUAAAAAGAGAAGAGUUAAAUGUGAUGAAACAAGACCAACUUGUUUAAAAUGUCAACAUAUGAAAUUAGUUUGUGGUUAUGUAUUAGAUGGUGAUAAUAAUGAUCAGUCUAAUGGUGAUCAAGAACACAAUAUCAGUUCAUCUAAAGAUUUAGAUAAUAAUUCAAUUGAUUCCAUAUCAUCAUCAAAAUCAUCUUCAACUCAACAAGUAACUCCAUCAUUAACUCCAAGUCCAAAUAUUCUCGAUGAUAAACCUUUAGACCAAUCUAUUACUUCUUCCUCCAUCAACAAUCAAUCAAUUCCAUUCCCACCUAUUCAACCAAAUACUCCAUUAUCAGCUUUAUCGUCAGGUCUUUUAAAUGCUGGUAAUUUAAAUAAUUUGAAUCUAAGUCAUCUUGUAAAUGGAUUAUCAGGUGAUCUAAGUAAUCUUGGAGGAUUAGCAAAUUUAAGUAAUUUAGCUACUUUGGCUCAAUUACCUAUUGAUUUAAGUAAUAUUGGUUCCUUAUUAGAAUCUCAAAAUAUAAAUAUUCCAAGUUUUGUUAAACCAUUCUUAUCAACUCCAACUCCAAUGCCACAAAAUAUAUCUAUUCCACAACCUCAAAAGAGUCAACCAUCAAUACAAUCACAAUCUUUACAACAAGAUAUCAACCAACAAAUACCUCCAACUCCAAAAUCAACUACCAGUAAUUCUGAACAUGAGAAUAAUAGCAACUCCAGAACUAAUAAUAUACCCCCUAAUAUUUCCCCUAAUAUCAAUAAUCCCCUGAUUAAUAACUUAUCCAUGGAUUCAACAUCUCUUAAUAUGUUGGAUUUAAGACUAAUGUUUCAUUAUACAUCCCAAGUAUCAAAUACGAUUACAGGAGCAGGGAUUUCAGAAACUAAUAUUUGGAAUUCAGAUAUACCCAUGUUAGCGUUUGAAUAUCCAUUUUUAAUGCAUUCAAUAUUAGCUUUCAGUGCCACUCAUUUAUCAAGAACUGAAAAAGGGUUAGAUCAAUGUGUUACAUGUCAUAGAGGUGAUGCAUUAAGAUUAUUACGUGAAGCGGUAUUAGAUAUAAAUUCGAAUAAUACCGAUGCUUUAGUUGCAUCUGCACUUAUAUUAAUUAUGGAUUCAUUAGCUAAUGCUUCAUUCCCUUCAUCAACCAGUCCAAAAUCGUUACCUGCUUCCGCUUGGAUUUUCCAUGUAAAGGGGGCCGCUACGAUCUUAACAGCAGUUUGGCCCUUAACUGAAUCAUCUCGAUUUUAUAAAUUUAUUUCGGUUGAUUUAGGUGAUUUAGGUGAUAUUAUAAAUCAACGAAUUAAUUUAGAUAAACAAGAUAAAGCAUUCCAAGAGAAAUUCUUUACUGAUUUAGAAUGUCAUGAUUCUGAUAUUGCUGAUUUAUUCCCCGUAGAGAUCACUUCACCAUAUUUAAUCACAUUAGCAUAUUUGAAUAAAUUACAUAAGGAAAGAUAUAAAUCAGAUUUUAUCCUUCGAAUCUUUGCUUUCCCUGCUUUAUUAGAUAAAUCCUUCUUAUCAUUAUUAAUGUCGGGAGAUAUCAAAGCCAUGAGAAUAAUGAGAUCAUAUUAUAAAUUAUUACGGUCGUUUUGUUCCGAAAUGAAAGAUAAAGUAUGGUUUUUAGAAGGGGUAUCACAAGUUUUACCAGUUGAUGUUGAAGAAUAUGCUGGUGGAGCAGGUGGUAUGCAUAUGAUGUUAGAUUUUCUUGGGGGUGGACCAGCUAUAAUUGAUGAUAAUGAUAUUGAUGAACAAAUUUCAAAAUUCGAUCCAAUGUCAAAGAAUCUUAUUGAUACUGAUAAUUUACCAAGUGAUAUUAUGGCAAGUAAUUUAGAAGCAAUGUCGGGUGAUAAUGGAUUUAUGAAUAUUAAAUGAAAUGAAAAGGAAAGGUAAUGAAUGAUUAAGAGAGAUGUGAUUAGAUCUCUGGAAUGUUGUAUAUAGAAUAAUUUUUUAGCUGUAUGUAUUAAAC